GUUAUCUAGUUUUUAUGUUCAGUGUUACAGACUUGCAGAGUUGCAGGGUACAGUUUAAUGAGUUUUACUUUUAAAAACCCAAACAUGAUUUUUUCUAAAGGUAACAAAUUGUAUGGUAAUAAUAAUAAUUUUUUAUUUUAAUUUUUUUUUCUCAGAAUACUGCACUUUUUCGGUGUGUACAAAUGUUGUUUCCAUUUUGUUCUUCCGCGCAUACAAAUCUCGGAUUUUUCUGACGGCAGUAUUCUUUAUUUAAUCUUACCUGCAAUUUACCGAACUCCAUUCAGAAUCUUUGUUCAAUUUUAAUCACAUGCCGUUGCUUUCAGUAUAUCAACUAUAAAUUAAUAGCAAUAACCUCCCACCUAUAAAAGUGGCCUUUUCAUUGUGCACGGUGUAAAGUAUGUCCGGCUUUGAAUUAUUUCUGUCCAUUUAAUUUUACGAGUAUGCUAAACUAUGUCAUAGUUCUAUUACUGACAAAACUGUAAUCUACCAUAAUAUUUUAUAGAUGUAGUUUAUUUUUCAUUUCGUUUAUAGGUGUGAUAUUUGUAUUUUUUCUCACAACGAUUCCAGGCAACAACGGUAAUAUUACUGCUAUAAAAAGAUUUUACCGUGCUAAGUAUUUCAAUAUUUAUUUGUUUUUUUUUUCUUUUCUUAGGACAUAAACCUAAAGUUCCAGUUGCUGCUGAAAUUACGAUAGUACCUGACCAAUUGGUAAAAUUAGAGGAUUUACCAGAAAAUGUUCGAAGUAAAUAUUCAGUGAUUUUAAAAUAUCUAAUAACAUUAUUUAUUGGUUCUUACGACAAAAGAAUUACUGAGACAAAAGUUUUUCAAUAGCGAAAAUUGAAGUAUUGUAUUCCGAAAAAAAUGAGUAGGUGGUUGAGGGCCAAGUGAUACAACAUAGGUAUCUACUGUGUAUAUUAUGCGAUACAUUCUUAUUUUUUAAUGUCUUACUCGAUGCUUUUUAACCUACAAAUGUAUUUCAAAUAAUUCAAUACUUUGUAACUAUAAAAAAAUGUUGGUGCAUUUUGACGAUUUUAACGCAUUUAAAGACAUUUUUGAUGUAUUUCUCGUAUUAUGACUAAACAAUUUGUCUUCAGUGAUAUAUAAAUAUCAUAAGAAUACAUAAUAUAAAUCUGUUUUAUCUUGAACAAUAUUAACAACAGGUAAUCUGGUUUUAAAUAAGACAAGGCAACUUUUAUCAGAGUAUUUUCAUGUCGAGCGAUAAUAUCAUAUCGGUGGAUGAUUGCCGGAUACUUUUAGUCAGUUUAAUUUAUCCAAAGGGCAUUUUUUUAUAUUUUCAAUGAAUUUAAAUCCGAACUUUACUUAUCAUAAUAUAAGCGUAUUUAGUAAAAGGUAGUAAAAGCUACAUUAUAAAAUCGCAUGUGAUAUUUUUUAGUCUAGAUUUAUUUAUUUUUUUAUGAUUUUUAAUGAUAAAAUUAUGAUAGCAUGUACUUAUAAUUCAUAACUUGUUACAGGGUGUAUCGGUAAGAUAUAAUAGUAUUGUGUUUUAGUUUGGCUAAGUUAUGUUAUACUUUAUAGUUUAUUCAAUUCAUAAUGUGUACUAUCUAUAACGAAUAAUAUUUGUUUAUAUUUAUAUUUUUUAAUUUCUAAAGGGUUGAUUGACUCAGUCAAUUAGGUUUAGACUUUAACUCAUUAAAAACGUAACAAUUAAAUACGAGCAAAGUCAAAAUUUUAAUUCCUAGUUUUUUUUUAAAAAUUGGUAUAGGAGUAAUAUUUCGUUAAAUUACAAUAAUAGAAAAUAAAGCGAAACAUUGUUAUAAUGCGCGACAAUACCUGCAGUGCUCGUAACUCAAUUUUUAUUUGAUUCGUUUAACUUAUGAUAGACUUCAGAAGAUAUUUGUUAAAUUAUAGAAAGAUAUUCUAGAACACUAAAUAUUUCAUCUGGAUAGACUUAAAUCAAAAUCGGAAAGUUUUUAAGUGUUGUGUAGGAGAUACAAAUAAGUACACAUUUUGAGUUCAUUUUCUAAAUGUAAUCUUUACGGUAUCAGCGUUCACAAUAAAAUUUACAUUAUCUUAAAUAUAAAUACUAUUGUUUUUAAUGCCAGGUUCAAAAAGUCAAUAUAAUCUUUUUUAUCUCAGACAAACUCAAACGUUUGUAAUUAUAUGACUAUUUUUACUUAUGAUUCUUUUUCUCAUACAAGAAUAGUUAAAUUUCGCCAUGUUCAAUGCUAAUCAAAGUCAAUGAAAAAUCGUAAAGUUUUUUUAAAUUUUAGACAUAUGUAUAUCAGAAAAUUUUUGAGAAAAAAACUGUAUUAGUUAUUGUUUGAAAACGAGGUUUAUUCGAAUCUUAUGCUGACAAUUUUUUUCUGUUUAUGAAAAUGUAUGCAUUCAUAUGCAUGCUCACUACAAGGAAUACAGUUUUGAAAUUCGACUCGUCAUUUGAAUUUGUAUAUCCUUGAUCUUGAAAAAAUUCUCGUUAGUCGUUAGUAUCUGAGUACAACCGGCUGAAAUAUUUCGUCUUACCACUUGAGUGAAACACAUUGAAGUAUACAUAUAUAAUCGAUGUAUUCGUCUUGGACUUAUUGUAAUAAUUUAAUAACGAUAGAUGAUAUACAACGGGGUUACUUUCUAAAUUACACCUGUUAUGGCCGUAUAUUGAAUUUAAAAUCGGUUCAAUUUAAAAUACAUACAUAAUAAUGCAUAUCUAUCCAAGAAAAUAAAACGAUCUUGUAAUGUUUUUUUAUGUGUUAAAUUAAUAGACAAUUUAGCGCAGGCAGGAUACAGUAAGUAUACUUAUCUGAGGUAUUAAUUUAAAUUACCUUGUUUUCUCAAGACAUUUAUUAACUUAUAAAUCCGAAAAAACUGGAAGAGUGAUGUAGGCUAGGUAAAAUUGAAAUUCCACAAAUUUCCAGAAGGUACUACCGCUGUAAAGGGCUUAAAUGUAAUCUGCCAUAGAUUAUGUCACUAUAUGUCAUCAAGUUUAGCUUCUCCAAAAAUUAAACAGAUUCUACACCAAUACCAAUCGUUUUCGGUCAUUGUAUAUACCCUCUUUCCCAUCUAUUUGUGGGAGUGUCGUACCCACACAGGAUUACAGGUUCAAUAUAAUAUAAUUAUGUAUACCGAGUUUGUUUAAAGGAUUACAUUGCUCCGGACGUUAGAUUUUGUAUUAUAUUUAACAAACAUAAUAUUUCUAUACAUUCAAUUGGAAAAACAGAAAUGUGUUCUAUUAUUGUUUUUAUUUCUUAGAUUCUGAGUGGAGCGAAGGAACUUAUGGAUUUACAGAGGUGUUUAUUUUUUAUUUUAUUUUUUCUGUGGACAACUUUUCUACUAGAGGCCUUGCUCCGAUUUUUACGUGUAGCACCUUUUUCAAAGUACACCGGUGUGAGGAGGUACAUAGAAUAGGUCUUUUUUCGAUUUUCUCCGGAGUUUUCUCAGCAAAUAUGAAAAACUGGGGAAAAACAUAGGAAAACCGGAAAAAACGUAGGAAAACCUCGGAAAUCGGUACGAAAUUAAAAAAAUAUUAUAAAAUAAAAUAUAUAUAGCCUAUUUAAUUAAUUUACUAUAAUAUGGCAUAUAUAUUGUUGACAAAGCAUCACUAUCAACUGAACUCCGCUCAGAAUCGUUAUUUCGUAAGCAAUGGUUUAUCGCUGCUUACAGGUAUACUUUAAAUUACCUAUAACAUUUGCAGCGUCCGCCUCCAUUUUGCUUUAUUGGACUUUUAACGUAUAUAUAGUUGCGACACCUGUUUCCACAUUAUCCACCGUUAAAGAACAUAAAACGUUUUGAAUUCUAAAUUUGUAUACACACCUUAAACGCGUAGUAGAUAAUGUUUAAUUGUUCAAUUCUCAUAAAUAAGUUACAAUUAAAAAAAAAAAAAAUUCCAAACAUUCGUUUUAACGAAAAAUCCAUUUUUAUAAUUGAGUGCCCCCUGAAGUUUUUUUUUUGUUUUUUUACAUAUUUGAGCCUCUUAAGUUAUUAUAUCAAUCAUAGUUUAAAUGAGAAAAAUAUUUUGAAUUCAACUUUCAGAAUUUGUCGGACAUUAUUUUUUAUUGAUAAUUUAUGAAAAUGACUUUGUUGGUCUCGGAAAAAACUGUUUUCAAUUUUAUUUCCAGAAUUUCCACUCGGUAUUGAAAAUUAUGCUGUUGCACACAGUAAGUAUAUAAAAUCUAAUCGCAAUCCUUUAUAACAGAUUAAUAACAUAUAAUAUCAUUAUACUUAUAACAAAAAAUUAUAACAUAUAUAAUAUUUUUCACUCGCUGUUAAUACUGACAAUUUCUGUGGAGUUGUAUAGUUGUAAAUAAAUUCAAUUGUACCUACUUACCAAACUCGAGUGGACAAAAAUGUGUAAAUAAUUCAAACCAAUUAUCGAUACCGAUUUUUAAAGUCGUAUACCAACUUAUAACAACAUAUUAUAUACUCUACAGUAGAUUAUAAAAUGUAAAUAUUAACAAAAUGUAAAAUUAUAGUUCCUAUAUUAUAUUAUAUGAAUCAUCUGAUUAAUGUUUUAGAAGAGAUAAGUGAACGAAUUGAGAGUAAGUGAUUUUAUUUUGCCGUUUUAUGGACAAAAUAUUAUAGAAAAGAUUAUUGAUCGUGCUAUUUUAAGUUAAUUCCCACAUUCUGAUUCAAUAAAUUCUUCAUUUUAAUAGGUUUUGGUGUUUUAGACUGUCCUUCCAAAAUAAAUUUGCCAUCAUCUUUCUCUUUGCUAUACAAACAAAAAAAAAACUUUCCCUUUUCAAUGUCACUUCCCUCCUAUGCAUUUGUGGUUCCAUCGCCCCUUUAAACAUAGGUUUUUGAAUUUAAUUAUUUCGUAACGUGAUAUUAAAUUAGACUAAUGCGAAACUUUAACUAACGAAGAUGUAUACUAUAAUAGUGGCGACGCAGAGGGCUGGUCAAAAGCAAGCCGUGUAUAGUUUAUAGUUAAUUGGUUCAUAUGGUAAUUGGUGGUUAUGAUUACUAAUUGAACCAUUGACCGGACCGUUUUUAAAACUGAUUUGGCAUCACUACUGCUCAUAAAUGCGAUACUUUAGACAAAUCUUAAUUAAAAAUUAUUUUAGAAAUCUCGUGCAAAAAUAAUAAAUUGGUUAUAAUACGUAUGUCCUAUAACGUAGAACGUUCAAAUUGCGAAAUCGAAGUUUUUUUUAUGCCUAUAUUAAAAAUGCCUAACAUUUGAUACUAGGAUUGUACAAAUCUGAAUCAAGUUAUUUUAUUGUUACGGUUUUAAAUAUCCCAUUUACCUGUCGUAUAGUAAUAUUGUAUUAUUUAUUUGUUCUCCUUAAUUUAGAUGUAAACUGCGGUAAGUAUAAUUAUUAUAUAAAUAAGUAACUAAUAAUUAUUUAAAUAAUUUGGCGGUAAGUCGCUUAUCCGGCCAGCUCGGGUGAAUGUAUAUUGUACAUUGUAUUUAUAUCAUAAUAUACAAUUAUAAUAUACGAGUGUAUAAUAUUAUGUGACCGGAAACAAUGUUGACAAUAUUAUUAGGAAAUUAUGGUAAUUCUUUAUAAUUAUUAUGGUAAAAUAUUGAUAUCAUUGCCAAAUGAAGAUUACUACUAAGAAUGACUAUUAAGAUACAUAAUUAUUCACAAUAAAUACAAAUAAUGUUUCUACAGAUACUUAUUAUUUAAAUCUGAUUGAAAAAUGACGAAAUCUGUUUUCAUUUUUUUAACGGUACUCUUACUUUGAUCACAAUCUUAAAUCAAAAAUGAUUGUGCCAAAUUAAAGACAAUAACAUUUAAUAUGUUUUCACACAUAGAGAUUUUUUUAUAUCUUUAAUAUGUAAUUUCAAAUUAAGGAAAUUAAUAGGAAAACAAUGCGUGUUAUCAUCGCCGACGGAAACGAUUCCAUUUACUAUGGGACAUGACAUAGUUUCAUAAACUUUCAACGGUCAACAUGUCCUGUAACAUAUAUUUAGAUUAUUCAUUUCAAAAAAAAAACAAAAAAAUUAUGUAUAUUCAAUUAUUAAGUUGUUCGUGGCUGAGCCAUGUGCAGUAUAUUUUGUAAUGAGAAUAGUGUUAAAAAAGUUUCAAAAUCCACUGUUAUUUGAUUUUAAAUUUCAAUUUGUUUAUAUCUAUAACUUUUUUUUUUUAGACGAAUGUAAAUCGUACGAAGAGUAUCUCAACGAUAAGAUUAAAGAAGGUAUAUUUAUGUAUAUUUACAUAAAUUUAACGACUCUAGAUUUUAUUUUCGUCGCUGGCACAACUACUUUCUAUUUUGGAUAUUGUUUUUCCUUUGCAUUGAUAAACUUUUCAAAUUCUUUUGAAAUAAAAGUUUAUAUUAUAUUGUGUAAAAACGUUUUGAUUAAAACCCUUUGAGACUUUGUGGUGUUAUUAUAGUGAAACCACCUAUUUUGUGUUUUUUUUUAUUUGUAAUAUGAGUGCUAACUUUUAAUAUUUUCCAAGAAAAACAUUUUCAAAAACAAUGUGUAUCUUAAAGGGUUAAAUUCGUCUAAAUCUCUGAAAAAUAAAAAAUAAACUAAACCAAACAAAAUAAAAAAAGAUGGACAUACUACGCACGAUGGGUGGGCCACUGUAGUAGGUGAAAAAUUGGAAAUGUAGAAUAAAGAGGGAAAUUAAAUGAUAUCUGUAUGCAAUGAUUAAUUAUUGCUAAAGAAAAAUGAUUCUUAGUGGAAUUCGGAAUAUUAACGAUUUUCUUCAAAAUUUGAUAUUAAAAUUCUUAUAAAAAAAUAAUUCUACACUUAAUAUUUAUUUUUUGUCGACUACAAGUACGAAUUAUAAUAAACCUCAUAUUAAAUUGUCAUUUAGCAUGCAACAGCAUUCCUGUUUGCUUUAACCAUUUUAUCCACAAAGUAUCUACCGAAGACAAAUUAUAUAAACAAACUCGCAAAAUUAAAAUAAAUAGCUUAAAAAUGGCUAAAAUAUUUUUAAAAAAAUUACCAUCUAGAAAAGGCAAAUAUAAAUUUUCUAUCCAAAUUUCAAAUAUAUAUGAAUAUGUUUAACCGAAUCACAACAAAAACCAAAAUUGAAAAUAAUAAAUUCCGAAAAUUUUCCUGACUUUCUUGCGUUUUCCUUAGUUUUUUUCAAUUAUUAUUAAUUUUGUUAUAUUAUGAAAUGGCAUUGUUAAAAUACCAUCCAGAUAAAGUUCCCUUUCAAAAAAGGUAUAACACUUGUAAAUCGAUUAAAAAAGCAGAUUAAAAAAAAAAAAAUUAAAAAAAGAGAUGAUACUGGGGAUGGGAGUGGCCACUUUUGUAGGUGAGAAGUUGGGAAGGUAGGAUAAAUAAGGUUAUUUCAUUUAUAUCUGUAUGAAACGAUAAACCAUAGCUCGAUGAAAAACGAUUCCGAGCACAGUUCGGUAAUACAUAAUUUGGAGUGCCUUAUUUUUUUCUGCGAUUUUCGUUUAAAUUUGAUUUCAAAACACUUAUAAAAAAAAAAAAAAAAUCGUGAUGAUUUUGGACAUUUUACUACGUCCAAUAUAAGUAUUAUUACCAACUUUCAAGUCUCGACGUGUAUUUAUAACUGAAUUACGACAAAAAAAUCUCCCAAAAAUUAAAAUUCCUUAAAAGUAGCUCAGAAAUGUUGGCGAUGAUACCGUAAGAAAUUAAACCAAAAUGGCAACAAAAAAGGUAUCUAGUGAUUUUUCGAUUAAAUUAUUUGUUCUGGUAGAGAACGUCGUCAGUGUUUUUAUAAAAUAAUGAAAUCGUGAAAUUGUACAUUUUCCUACGUUUUUUCCCACUUAAGAGCUUUCAUUUAAAAUAUGACGUCGAAAAUCAAAAAAAUUACCACUUCAAAGUAAAAUUUAAACAACUUGAGCUUUUAGAAAAAGUGCUACACUUAUCGGAGCAAGUUUACUAGUAAAAAUCGUGUCUACAGACUAGAACAAAGAAGAAAAAGAAGUAAAAAUAACCAGCAGUGUAAAACAAAUAGUUCCCUCGCUACGCUCGGAGUCUAAAUCAAACAAUAAACAUCAUUGUAAAACCAAUACAAUAAAAUGAAAAGUCACAUAAUUGUGACUUUAAAAUAAUUAAAAAAUAAUAAUAAAACAAUUUGUAUUUAGUUACUACUAUGGAAAGUGUAUCGGAUUGGUGUAAACAGACACAUGGUCAAGAUGCCACAGGUAUGUUUAUAUAAACAAUAUAUAAUAUGAUACCUAAAUUGAAUGCGUUUUUUUUUUUUUUUGUAUUGUUUAGAAGAAUCAAGUAAGAGUUACUUUAUAAUAAAUCAUUGUAUACAACCAUAUAGAUAUAGAUAUUUAAAUUACUUAUACCUCUUUGGCUGUGCAGUAUGUGUAACAAUAAUAAAAAUAACUAAUACAGGUAUUUUGAAAUUAGUACAUGCAGUAACAUAAUUUUAGGGUACCUUCAAUAUGAUAUUAUUUUUUGAUCGAAAUGUGAAUAAAUAAAAUCUGCAUAAUUUCAAUAAAUAUUAACUACUUAUUUAGUUAUUUAUGUACCUAUAUUAUUCGAACAUAUUUUAAAAAUAAUAUUAUAGAUAACUGUAUAAUUGAUGUAUAAGCAACAUUAUUUUCAGUGGCGUAUUUAAUGAGUGACCUGAAGGUCAAACCUCCGCCCUCCUCCCAAUUUUUGAUAACUAUGCAAAAAAUAUUGAUAAACAUACCAUGAGUUGAUAGUUGUGGAAUCUAUGUUAAUAUCUGUGGGAGGAUAUUGUCACGAAAAUCCUAAAAAAAAUACGCUACUAAUUAAACGUAUUCUAACUAUUUUAAUUAAAUAUUGAAGUAUUAUCAAUAUUUAACUUUUUAAAAGAUGUUUUUAUAAAUAGUUACGAUUUUAAGAAAACUUUAAAUUCUUGGUAUACAUAAAACCAAACCGAUUUCCGUUCGUAAAAAGAUUUUCGACGGUAAAAUUUUUUUUUUUUUUUUUAAUCAAUGAUUUUACAAUAUUAUUUUUUUGAUCAAAAGGAUCAAAAAAAUUUAAAAAUUAAAAAAAAAAAUAAUAAUAAUAAUAUGAACGAGAGUAACUUCUGUUUUGUAUCGAUAUUGUAAGCCGUAGUUCACAUUGUACACAUUUCGUAUAAUACGUGGAGUGAGAAAGAUUUUUAGUUUACAUUUACCAUAUUAUUAUAAUAUUACAGGUAUAUUCUCAAUCCUCGUAGGAAUUUUUUUAAAUUUUUACUUCUAAUAAUCGAAUAUUAUAGACCUACCUAUACUUAAAUCUAUACCUGUUUAUUUGUUAUAACAACAUAUUAUAUUUUCAAUUCCAGAUUGUCUAAGUAAGAUUGAUGUUUAUAAUUUCCUAUUAAUUAUUAUUAUAUCGUAUUAUUAUUGUAUUAUUGUAUUAUUAUAUGUAUUAGUUGGAUAGUUCGUCAGACCCCUUUUUAAAAUUUCUACAUUUACUCAAUGGUAAAUAGUGAAUUGUAUAAUAAUCGUAUAUAGUGUGUUUCAAUUUUCCGUUAUCUUCAAUAUACAAAGUUUAUAGACCAUAUAUAAUGUAUAAACCGUGUUUAAUUUAUACCAACGACCAGGUACGAUUGAUACCACGGACCGAUUCGAUUAAUAAUUAUGGCACGAAGUGUUAUCAUUGAAUAUAGUGAAAUAUCUACUAAAUAAAUCCUGGAUACGCCUCUGUAAUAUACCAAUAUCUGUUCUGUAGUUCAAUUUACUUACUUAUAAGUUAUAAGUUAUAAUAUAAAGCAAUUGUUUUUACAUUUUGAGCGAUAGAGGCGCAGGGUUUUUCGGGCUUCUGUAUACAAGGAAAUUCUCCCUAAAUCCGGCUCUAGAUUCGGUAAAUAACAUUAUAUAGUCCGUUAUAAGUAGGGAACCUAAUUUAUAAUUUAGUUUGCAAUUCGUAAAUGCCAAACCUUGAAUAAAGCACACCUGUAUAGAAUAAUUUAUCUAUCUAAAAGUUUAUUGAAAAUGUGUUAAGUUAGUUCUCAACACUGUCUAUCCAGCGCGACGGAAAUGGCACGAAGUUAAGUAAAAAAAAAAAUUAAAAAAAAAUAGUGUGUAACUGUAAUUAAAAAUAUAAAUAAAUAGUCUCUAACGUAUAGUAACAGGAAACCGAAUUGCACCAUUCAAAAACCGUCCUAAUUUUUGUUAAUCCAUCGGCCAGCUCUACAGGGCAAACGGCUGAACAUAUAAAGUCGUAUAAGGUAUCGAUCGAUCAGAAAUAUUGCGCAAAUGGGAACAGGGGAACACGUAAGCAGAUUGGUUAGAUGGAUUAAAAGUUACAACAAAAAAUGUUAAAGUACUUUCAAGUCAGAUUCUUUUCAUGCUAAAAUAUCUACUCUCGUUGCUGCGGCAACGACGACGUAUAAAAUAUAAUGGUCCCUCGAUCCGCCACUUAUUCAUCCACCUAAACGAUAUGUUGACUAAGUAUUUAAAUUUAAAAUUGAUAAUCUUAUUUGUCGUAAUUUUUUAUUAACUUGGCUUUUUUUUUUACACGGAUUUAUAACAAAGCGUUUUUGGUGUGAUAUAAAAUACAAACAAAACAUAUGUAAAUAUAUUUUUGGCUAUAAAGAAAAUAUUAAGAGCUUUAUUUGUAGUUUUUUUUCCAAAUUUUUAACAAAUACAACCAUAAACAUUAACUUUUGUAACGUUAACCAUUCAAAUUAACUUGUGUAUAAUCUUAAAUAAACAAUUUACAUAAUAAUUUUUAUUAUUGUAGCAGAGUAUAUAAUACCGAAUUUUAUAAUUUCUCACGUUUAAACAGAUAGAUUCCGUAGGUUAUUUGAUGUAAAUACAUCCGAUAAAGGUAAGUAUACAAUCGUGUUUACAUAAUUUGUAAAUCAAUUUAUUAAAUAUAGGUAUUAAAUUCAAACAUUAAGCUUUUAAUCAAUCUAUUAAAAAACAAUUAAUACAAUGAUUCACAUUCCUGUUAUAAAUUAUAUACAAUUUGAAAAUAAAAAUAAAACAAAAUAUAAUAAUAAACAAUAAUAAAUAAAAUCAUUUUUUCUCUAUGUUUUCCUACAUUUCAUUUUUUAUAUUCAGUCCUCUUUUACAUUUUGAUUGUGAUAUAUCUGAUGAUGAAUUUUUAAUUGAAAACCGAUCGUAUAAUACACUUAUAAUGCUCCGGGCGAUGUAUUCAUUCAUUUAUUUUUUUUUUGUUUUUAUAAAUUUAUCAAUAAAAUAUUUGUAUAUUUAUUUAAUAUAAUGACUUAUCAUCUAUACGGUACCUCAACCUCUCACCUACAACAGUAGCACACCCAUAAGCAAUAUUAGUUUUUUUUUUGAAAUUAUUGUUUUUAUUAGAUUCAGGAAUACAGGUCUACGUCAAACUAUUCAACGGCAAGUAAAACGAUAAUAUUGUUGAGCCUUUUACCAGAUUGAUAUUUAGAGACUUUUGUUAGAUGUACUGUUAGAAAGUUAUGAUUUUUUUUAAAUGUUUUUUUUUAAGUGUUUAAUAUUGUUAACUAUAUUCGAAUUCCAGAAACCACUGAUGAAAAUGAUACGUGUAAGAUUACCCACUAUUUAAUUUUCCAAAUUAUGAAUAAAUAUAGAAUACAGUGUAUAAUUGUCUUGUGUUUUUUCCAUUAUAAUUUUUAAAAAAAAAAAAAUGUACCCAAUUCAAAUUCUUAAAAUCAGCUCCCGAAUAGAUAGAAAAAUUAAUGAUACUUGAAACUCCCUGAAUGAUUUUCGAUUGAAAUAAUCGUCAGUUUUACUUGUGCAGUAUAUUUUACCGCAAGUUGAACCGAUUUGUUCUUAUAGGCUGUAAAUAGAGUUUUAUUUGUUUUUAUCAUACGGAAAUACGUCGCGUAAUGGCAAUAUUUAGUAAAAUAUAAAUGUUACAAUUACGUACACAAUAUUUAAAUUUAUAUUAGUUUAAUAUAACACUACUCAAAAUAGUAUUUCUUCCAGCCGACAGUAAGAUACAACUUGUCACAGAAUUUUAUUUGAUGAACCAUAUUCAAAAUGCAGCUGAAAAACUUUCCAAAAGUGAUAAUAUAAUGAUUACAUGCUAACUAAUUUUAGAUACAUUUUAUAAUGCUUCAUAAUGCAUAAUUAAAAUAUUAUACUUUUUAUUCGCAAUAAGUAUUAAAUAAUUAAUGGGGAUUGUCUGUUAUCAAAUAUUAUACAAAUCUUCUUUACAAUAAAUCAAAUUUUACCAUGAGUAGGCGACUCACUAGGCGUAAGGGAGGACAACUCCUUCCCAUCGAUUUGGAAUUUGAAUAUUAGAAUUUAGAAAAUCAGAAAAUUACAAUUUUUGUUAAAAAUAUACAAAUUAAAAUUAAUAACCGUUUAAAUAUUUUGUAACGAACACAUGCAGCGCAUAAUGGUUAUAAUUAUUUCAAAUUAAAAAAAAAAACUAUUUAAAAUAAUGCUUUUUUAAUUUUGAUCGAAAAUUGGGGUUCUCUCCCUAUCCUGAAAUUUCGUCUGUAGGCGUUAAUUAAAUAAAAUGUUUUUGAUUAACCGUUCUUAACUAUAAACUACGGAGUAUGUAGUAUGGCUACUUUUAAAUUGCAUUAUCUUUAAAAAAGCUUUAGUUUAUUUAUUUUAUUAUUGUUUUGUUAUAUAUUUUCUAGUGACUAGUGAUGUUAUUAAAAAUCAUGCGGGUAAGAUUAGGUUAAGUUAAGUUUGGUUAGACAAAUUAAAAAAAUUUUAAAUUAAAAUAUUAUAUUUUUUUUUUUUACUUUAAGAUUCUGCAGUUCCAGAAGUUCCACAAAGAGUAACAGCAAAAUGUAUGGUUAUAUGCAGCUCUAUAAUUAUAUUAAUUAAUAUUCGAGAAAAUGACGAAAACUUGGUUCUUUAGGUUAAAAAAGAUUAAAAGAUUAAAAAUAAGGUUGUCAUUGAUAACCGUUUUUAUUUAUUUUUUGUUAUUAUUAAGUUUUUAUUUUUUUUUAAUCUUCUUCAAACAAUCGUUGCCAUGACAGCGUACAUUUUUGUAAUCAUUUACCAUAAUAUGAUAUUAUACAUUGUUGACAAAGCAACACUAUUAACUGAAUUUCGCUCAGAAUCGUUUUUUCGAUAGCAACGGUUUAUUGUUGCUUACAGAUAUACUUUGAAUUCCAUCUGUAUCCUACCAUCCCAACUUUCCAACUACAACAGUGGCUGCACUCACGUGUGAAGUAUGUCCGUCCUUUAUAAUAACAUUUCUAAAAAAAUAAAUUAUUUUUCAUACGAAUUAGAUUAUAAAACGAAAAUUAUUUUUUAACAUUUUAUAAUAAGCCGCUGAUCAGCAUAUCUUUACCCGUAUCAGUAUUUACGAAUGAAAAAAUAAAAUAAGAAUGUAUCUUUUCUCCCGCGGCCCCGUCCACGUGUUUCUUUGCUCUUGACAACCGAAUUAGUUAUAUAGUAAUAACUAAAGACCGGAUUUAAUUGAUAUUGCAACUUUUUUUUGAAAUAAAGAUAAAUCAGAUCUGAUUAAAUAUACAGCCGAUAUAUACUAAAAAUAGUCUGCCUAUUUAAUUUUAUAAUGCAGCGUUUUUUAAUUUUUGAAUUUUUUGCAAAUUUCCAACGUAUUUAAAUCAUAGGCGUUCAUCGUUCGUACGGAAUUUUCUAGAAGCUCGGAGAGCCCGACGGGCGAUAAACGUCUAUAUAUAUAUAUACAUAUAUAUAUGGUGGCACUAUCAAGAAUAAAUAAAUACAGAAAAGAAAUGUCGGAUACCUUUACCACUCGAACCUUAUUAUUACAAGAUGGGAAACAUGGUUAAAUGCUGCACUUUUAUAUGAAAAUAAUUUUUAAAAGUUUAAAAACGUGAUUGAAAGUUUAACAGAUGACGCUAUAAAUGUCGAAAAGCUGAAACAGCUUGUACUAACUAAUGCAGUCAAAUGUGGUUUAGUAUUCAUAAAAUUACACUUAUCUGAAUUAUCCAUGAAUCUUAAAAAUUUGAAAGAAUCUAAUAGUGAACUACUGAAAAGCAUGGAUAUUUUUAGAAAAAUUGAAGAUAUUUUAACAAAAAUUCCUGGUCCAAAUAGAAAAAAAAAUUAAUGAAAAAUAUAUGUAUGUAAUCGACAAAAAUGAAGGGUAUAAAACUUACUAUGAAGUCAUAUUAGGUAAAGCAAAUGUUAAUUUAUAUAUGAUGCCUACUUUAUUAAAUUUUUUUAAAUGUACACCAAUAACUAGAGUAGACGUAGACCGUAGUUUUUCUUUGUACAAACAUAUUUUAAGUAACAGAAGAUUUAAUUUUAAUGAAAAUAAUUUAGAAAUAAAUCUAAUUAUCAAUUUUAAUUAAAAAAAAAGUAACAUUUAUCUAAUUAUUUUUGUAUAACUUUUGCACUUUUAUUGUGCAAUUUAUUAUGCAGUUUUUGCGUACAUAAUUUUAAUAUGCGAUUUUUGUGUGUUUUAAAUGCAAUUAAAUCCAAACAACGACAAACAAAAUAAAAACAAAACAAACGACAAUUGCAAUUGUGGUCAUAACAACAUAAUUAUAUAUUUUUAUUCUAGCGGAAUACCAAUUGUACGAAGAACUUCUUAUCAUAGAGAGUAAAAAAAGUAUGGAUCAUAUUAUAUAAGCUGAUGUUUGUUCGUGACCGAAACUAAUCAUAAUUAAUAAAAUCAAUCAGGAAUGGUCAAUCGGGAGUGAAAUCAAGGGAAUAAAACCAUCAUUAAAUUAGUUUUUUUUUUUUAAUAUUUUUUAUAAUAUAUAUAUAUAUAUAUAUAUUAUGUAUAUUAUAUAAGUCAUUUUUUUGUUUAGUUUUAUUUCUCUUGAUAUCUACUUUCCCUUGGCAACAAGAGAAAAUACCCGACUGACGCUACUCCGAUCAAAAUAGAUUUUCCUUUGCAACGAUUUACCGUUGUAUACAAUGUAUACAUUUAAUUACCCUGUAUAUCCUUAACUAACGUUCCUAAUUAUUCUCCUACCGCAAUGGCUUACGUAUUUUUUUUUUUUUUUUUCUUAUAGUUACUUCUAUUAAAAAUCCAAAGGACUGGUGUAAGGAAUCUGACCAGUACGUAUCAAUCUAACCUAACCUAACCUUAACGGUAUUAUAAUAUUAAUGUACUAUACGUCCUAUCAAUUUAACAACAUUUCAGCAUUUAGGUGAAACCUAGUAUCAUCAUUGACGAACAAAAUAAAACAAUUUCAAAUCGCCAUAAUUAAUUCAAAAAUGGUCGGAAUAGUUUACAAAUCUGAUCACUUCUAGACAGGGCUAAUAAAAUAAUUCGGAGAAACUUUCAGAUUUCUACGCAUUUGAUUGACAAACAAAAAAAUAAAUAAAUAAAAAUAUAAUCAAACCGUUAUUGCGUAUAUUAGUACGUUUUUCACGGCGGUUUUUCCCAUUGUCAAGAAAACUAAAUGGAAAAUCAAAAAAAAUGCAUUUAAUGCACGAACUAGAUUACACUUGCAACAAAAUAAAAACGUGUCGUUUAAAGUUUUCUGAAAAUUUGUAUAAUAAUUCAAGUUUUUAACCUAUUUUGCUAAUUGCUGCACGUAUAACUUCAACGUAACGGAUAUACCCGUAUGAUUUUUAUAUCGAUUGAAAUAUAGAUGUAGUUUUAAGUUUAAUCAUCAUAGGAAACCGGCAGAAUCCGUAACAAUUAUUGCUAUAUGCUGUGGCAUACGGCUAAAAUUUAAAAGUUUAAUUUUUAUAUUUAAUUUUAAACAAUCUGUUUGAUGAAAGAAUGCAAUUUUCAUUAUAACAUAGUUUAUUUUUACUCGUUUCACUAUAGAUAUAUCAAAGAAACCAUCGGAGAGUCGUCGAAGAAAAUGUUGAGCUAAGCACCAGCGUGAUAAAAUACCAAUAUCCAGUUUCUCAACGCGCACAAUUUAUAAACGUACAUUGAGGUGCUUGUCGUAAUACGCGAAACGGUUAAAAUGCCGUUUAAACGUAAAAUAUAAUUACGUUGAGUAUAUCACUCCAUUGACUUUAAGUGUAUUUUAUAAUUUAGUUUUAUUUCACGUGGACCUCAAGUCCAAUAAACACAAUCAUAUACCGCACUAUUAUGUAUCACAUUUCGUAUUGCAUUUACACAACUAUACAACAUAAUGUAUAUGUAAUUGAACAUAUAAUUGUAAAAAUUUUAAAAAUUACGACAAAAACAUAUUAUUAUACUCUUAAUAUUUUAUAUAGUUUUAUAAAGG